AUGUACUCUCCGUCUUUCAGCACAGCCAGAGUGGCUUCCGGAGUCACGUCCACGUCCAAAUCGAACGGGUCGAAAACAAGACUCUCGUCCACGCUGUACACGAGCAGACCCUCUGUGGAGGCGCACGCGAACGCAUUGGCCGUUGGCGAGAACUGCACGCUGGUGACGCGGAUCUCGGGCCGUGUCGAGCGUGCUGCCAAGUCUCCUCGGUUCGAGCCCGGCAGCAUGCUAUCGGCGCGUCUUCUGUCCUCGAGGUCCGAUAACUCGCCGUCGUCGUCGAUCAGCUCCAUGGCCCCCGCGUCGGUCAUGUUCUUCGAAUUGAGGAACUGCAUCGUUCCGUUCAGCUGCAUGUUGUUCGACACCGUGAACCGUUUAAGGAGCACCUCGUUCGGCAGGUCGUACAAGCAGAUCGAGUUGUUGUUCCCGGCAGCAACCAAAGACAGCCCGUCAAAACUGUAUGCGAUCGUCGAGAAGUACUUGCCUCUGGCAGAGUUGCCAGCGACAAAACGGUCCUCAACGUGUCUUCCUGUGAUGAUGUGGCUCUUGCCGUCGAUCUGGCGCACCUGUUUGCCGUUCUCCACGUCCCAGAAGGUGAUCUGUCCGUCCAGCGUGGCAGCAGCCACCUCCUUCGAGUCCGGCCGCAUCGUCAGAGCCAGACACUCGUGCAGCACGUCGAACGGCUCGCUGGUUUGUGUGCGCGAGAAAAUGUCCCAGAUCCUGAUCGUUUUGUCCCACGACGCACUGGCCAGCUUGGGCGAGCCCUCUGUUCCAAAACUUAGGCACGAGAUGGGGCCCUCGUGGCCCGCCAGCUGGUCCAGAAGCUGCGCCGUCUGCACAGACCACACCUGGAUGCUGAAAUCAUCCAAAGAACCAGCACACACAAUGUCUCCGCUAGGAUCCACCGCCAAACAGCUGAACUGCAACCGGUUCGUCGACGUGAACACCCGGAAGUUCCUGUACCGGAUCAGGUCCCACGCGCGCACCGUGCCGUCCAGCGACGACGAGAACAUCACCUGGCCUUUCUUGGCAAAGACAACCUGCGUGACUGCAGAAAUGUGCUCCUCGAACGUGGCCAGACAGAACCCAGAAACAACGUCCCAGAUCUUGAUUUUUCCGUCGUCCGACGCCGUCACUAUCCGUCCUCCGUCUGGCGAGUACGCCAGGCAGUUCAUCGCGUCGAAAUGGCCCUGCUGCUUCAAAAUGUACGACUCAGACUGCCACUCGUAA